AUGGACAACCACGGCGAUUUGUACUGCUACACCGGCCGCUGCAUGGGCGCCGCGGCCGACCCCUCCUGCUCCUCCUCCGCCUCCUUGUCGUCCUUGGACUCGUUUCUUUCCGACAUGAGCAGCGGCGAGACGAUUGGCGCCGAAACGAGUCCUCGGCCCAACAAGCGAGCAGCCUCGACCGCACCGUCGUACAUCGGCGUGCGCGCGCGGCCGUGGGGACGGUUCGCGGCAGAGAUCCGGGACUCGACGCGGGGCGGCGCGCGGGUGUGGUUAGGCACGUUCGCCACGGCCGAGGCCGCCGCCAUGGCCUACGACCAGGCGGCGCUCUCCUCGCGGGGCGCGGCCACGGCGCUCAACUUCCCUUUGGAGCGCGUCCAGGAGUCGCUCCGCGCCCUCAACGCCACCGGCACAGGCAUGGCUGGCUCGCCCGUGCUGGCGCUCAAACGCCGCCACUCCAAGAGAAAGAGGCGCAGCAAGGCCGAGAUAGCCAACGACGCGGCGACAUGCACGAGGAGGAAGAGCAAAACGAUGGCCACGCAGGAGCGGUUCAUCGUGGAGCUGGAGGACCUCGGCACCGACUACCUGGAUGAGCUUCUCAGGAUCACGUGUGUGUAA